AUGUCGAUCCUGCGCGGGCCUCCGGGUGUCCCUGGUGAUUUCUAUCCCCCGAUCGAGAAAGCGGAUGCCCUCCAUGCAGCUGUGCUUCUGGUGCUGCUACCAGGCUCCCUGGGAGUUACCCUUGCAACUGGCCUCCGCUUCUGCUCUGGGCAAGACGCGUCGAACAGAAGGGACUUCGGCAGGCUGUUGUGUGCCUAUGGCGCACUGCUGGCAGGGGCCACCCUGCAACCGGUGCUGUGGGCUAUGAUCCUUUACCUGCCCACGCCCUGGACAAACAGCCUGGCUGUAGCGCUGCAAGCAGCAAACGUCACAUUUGUGGUCUUGGUACCACCUUACUUCUUCUACGUCUUUCUCCAGGUGUGUCUUGUUCGCGGAAACCCUGCAGAGCCCUCGUUCUUGCGAGUUCCGCGGGCGCUUGGUGCUUUGAGUGCUGCGCUUCUCCUACUUUUCGUAACCUUGGCAGCACUCUGCGGAGCAGCUCCUGGACUCACUUGGUCAGUUCUGUGCUCCGGGGACUUGGAUUUCCUCUUGGAGCAGUUGCGGCGACACACCGGCGCCACGGAGACCGAGCUCUGUGCGAGGCACUUUGCCAACCAAAGUAUUUUGGAGUGCGAGAACAUCUCCCGAAGUGAUGUCGUCACCGAAGAAACCGGGCCUGCAUGCUUCGCAUGGUGUCGUGUGGCUGACUGCUUCCUACCGAUGUUUCCUUUUCUACCAGGCUAUUGCCUGAAGGCCGAAAUCUGGCAAGCCGUUCAGGUUGGUGGACCUGGCUGGCUGUUGCCGUCCCUCGUGGCCUUCGCCUACGGCUGCAUCGGCUGGUACCGGCUCCUCACGGCCUGGCAGGGUUUUCUGGGAGCUAAGAACGGCUACAAGGCAGCCUCUGGGAGCGACGGCAAGAGGCAACUCGCAGACUGGGAGGAGGUCGCUUGCUCCGGGCCGACGGCCACAGGCUUCUGCCCAGACGGACCCUACCAUGCUCCCGACUUCCCCGAUCUUUUGGAGAUGCUCUGCAAAAGUCUGAGCCAGAACGACUUGCAAGCCGAGCGCUGGAGUAUGAAGCUUGCCCUGGCUGUGGCCAGCCUUGAUCCGGCGAUGGACAUCUACUCGGCACUCAGCCUCUAUGCAAAGGGCCAGCCCUACUACGGGUCUGCGCUGCUCCUCGCCGCCUUGCUGCCAAACUUGGCCGACAUCUUUCAGACUCAGCACGGAGAGGAGAUGAUCAAUUCGCUGCGACGGGGCUUUGCCACCAUGGAUCUUCUGAAGCACCAGGCCCGAGAGGGAUACUGGGAGGGUACGGUCUCCGCUCUGGUGGCGAUCUGCGCCCUGAUGUAUACGCCUACCCUGACUUCUCUGGACCUCUUCUCUCUAAGCUUCAACGUCCUCAGCUCAGUGGUCUUGAGCAUUCCCAACGGCCUCAAGGCCGAGAGUCUCCUGGAGCUGGGAGAAGAGGCCGGCUACUACGAGAGGGUGCGGCGGAAACGGGGAAUGGACGCCUACGAGAAGUGGGGCCGGAGCCUUCAGGUUCUGAUCUUCGGGCCUCUGGUCGCGGCUUGCGUGGCCCUUCGUGGCCAGCUCUUCCCACCGAGCGACGAGGCUGAGCAUGGGCUCUGCUUCCUGGCUGCUUGCGCUCUCCUCUUCUGCCUCUUUGCCGAGGGAGCCGGGCCCCUUUUCACGGAUGGCCUAAAGCUCGUGAGCUGCCUCUCUGCUCUGUGUUUCUGGACCCUUUUCUGGCAGGAGUUUGAAGGGGAGGCGGUGGCCAAGCUGCGACUUCUGACGGGCUGCUUGUUGGCGAACGCUGCCACAGUGGCCUUCGGAGCUCUUUGUUUCAGGCACCGUCGCCGCACUUUCGAGGAGGAGGAUGAGAUGGAUGAGUCUGCUGAGUUCAGUCCUUCUGACAGUGGCACAGAGUGA